AUGGCGUGCGUGCCCAGCGAGCAGGUCGCCCGUGACCCAGCCCUCCCGGCAGUUCACCCGCCGUGGGGCCGAUUCACCCGAGACCUUACGUUUUUUCAGACCUCUGCGAGCUGCCCCACGUCAAGGGCCUGUGUGCCAGCCAGUACGUCGUCCGGUGGCACUACGACAAGGACAAGCGGAAGUGCCCAGAGAUUCUGGGACGGCGGGUGCCAGACCAACGGGAACAGCUUCGAGGAUGACGUCACCUGCAUCACGCGCUGCAUGCCGGAACUGAAAGAAAACGGAUGUAAAACCUCCACAUUCGGAUGCUGCGCAGACGGCGUCACCUACGCGAAAGGCAACAACAAGCAAGGCUGUCCGCCCUUCACCGGACUCUGCUCGGAAUCACGAUACGGCUGCUGCCACGACGGAGUGACGGCAGCGAAAGGGGAAAACAACAAAGGGUGCAGAGAGGAACACCGACUAGUUGGCGGCUGUGCCGGUACUCGCUACGGCUGUUGCGCUGACGGCGUCACUUCUGCCAGGGGAGAGAACAGAUACGGCUGCCCAUCGACCUGCGUAGCUUCCGCCUAUGGCUGUUGCAGUGAUGGUGUAACCUCUGCUUCCGGACCUAACAAGCAAGGCUGCCCAGAAGAAGAAAAAAAUAUUGUGCUUGGUGGGUGUGAGUCUACCAGGUAUGGUUGCUGCAAUGAUGGGGUCACUGCUGCUAGAGAUGAGCAGAAGUUAAACUGUCCAGGUUUUGACCCAGCCUAUUGUGCACUGCCCAAGGACGCAGGAAGCUGUGGCAACUUCACUCUGAAAUGGUUUUUUGACACCAAGUAUGGCAGCUGUCGUCAGUUUUACUAUGGGGGGUGCAAGGGCAACCAGAACAGGUUCCCCACCAGAGAGGACUGUGAAUAUCACUGUGUGAAUGUAGAAGGACCAGGUGCAUGCAGAUUACCAAGUGUUGUGGGUCCCUGUAAAUCAUACCAAACAAAGUACUUCUUUAACCUUGAGAAGAAAAAAUGUGAGCAGUUCACCUAUGGCGGCUGUAUCGGAAACACCAACAAAUUUAAUACACUUGAAGAUUGUGAGGCCAGUUGCAGUCAAAGAGGACGGCCCUCAGCCUGUGCUAAGCUGCCCUGUAAAAAUGGAUUCUCCUGCCAGGACAGUGCUGAUGGUUCCUACACCUGCUCCUGUCACUCAGACUGGGGCAGGAACUGUGACCACAUCCCAGACUACUGGUGCCUCAGUAAUGCUGAGUGUGGACAAGGGCUGAAGUGUGUUCAUCAGAGAAAAUGCCAGGAUGGCCUGUGUGAAAACCUUGCCAGGUGUACAGCUGCGGCAAGGGUAUUUAAAUGUGACUCCUCUGUAUGUUCAGCCAAUGAAGACUGUGUCAAUGAUGAUUCCAUUUCUCGGGGUUAUUUUUGCCAGCCCAAAACCUCCUACAGAAGAUCCAGCAGUGUACAUUUAGGCUGUAGGUUGUCUGAAUUUGGCUGCUGUCCUGACAGUCAGUCCCCAGCCUCUGGACCCAACCAACAGGGAUGUCCAGUACGUUGUGAGAACUCUAGGUAUGGCUGCUGUGCUGAUGGAAGGACUCCAGCCAAAGGCUACGACUACGAAGGAUGUGACGUGGAAGGUUCCGGAGAUAUGCCUUGUGAGAGGAAGAGAUACGGCUGCUGUGAUGAUGGGGUGACAGCUGCUACAGGCCCGAGGGGGAGGGGGUGCGGUGAGACAACAGACUCAGAGGAUAGGGUUCAGCAGACAACACAGCCCAGCGUCAAACAAACUGGGGAAACAGUUUUUGUAAAAUGUCAAGCCCCACUGGUGAUCAAACUGUGCACAAAGUACGAAGUCAAGUGGAGGUACAACUACACCAACCAAGUUUGUGAGAGGUUCUGGUGGGGAGGUUGCCAGGACAACGGCAAUGUUUUUAAUGAUAACAAAACUUGUCACUCCGAGUGUAAAAAAGCUACAGAAAAUACAGAUACAGAUUUUAUGAACAUUUGCGAUAUGCCAAGCUACACAGGUCCCUGUAGGGCUUACAUCAACCGCUACUACUAUAACCCAAGGGAAAGAAGCUGCUUGCAGUUUGUGUAUGGGGGUUGCCAGGGCAACGAAAACAAUUUUGAGACCAUAGAAAGGUGUCAGCAGGAGUGCAUGGGAACAGUGGUGUCAGGGACAGAUAAUGUGAGGACAACUCCAAGGCCAACCCCAGUUACUGUUCCUAUCCAGGCCAAUAGAGAGACAUUGUCCUUGUCUGGAGAGAGCACGGUGAGAGAGGAUGGGGACAUCAGGCUAACCUGCACCAGCCAGGGGCUGCCCAAUGUGCGGCUCAGGUGGUACUUCAACGGGGAGGACGUCCAGCAAAACUCUAAUGCCCGCGUCAGACAGCAGACGUCAGGGUACUCGCAUGACCUUGAGCUGAGGAUCCCUUACGCCAAGCCUUCCAGCUCUGGAGUUUAUGUCUGCCGUAGUUCCACUGGGAAACAGGAGAGAAUUGAUGUUACGGUUGUACCGGCUGCACCAAGAACACCCCCACCUACAAGUGACACUAGUGAGGAAAGAAGCUUGAUCAUGUACGGAGAAUUCAACUUCAAUGUGGGUGCAACCAUCGACAUCAGCUGUAGGGCUACUGGGCCAGAACGACCCACAGACAUGGACUGGUACUUCAAUGGCCGCCCACUUAAUGCAUACAGCUAUGUGUCCAUCAACACCUACCCUGACCCAAGCAGCAGGAAUGCCCUGCUGAGUAAUGUAACAAUCAGGAAUGCUGGGAAGAGAAAUGAGGGGACGUAUGUUUGUAGAAGCAGGCCUUACGCAGACAGGAGGCUAAAGAUGAUUAGAAUAAAUGAAGUUAUAGGACCUGUAGCAACUAGUCCUCCAGUACAGGAGUCAACUACGCCUACCGGUGACUCAACAGCUAUCUGCCUUAUGGAGGCAGUGACUGGUGUGUGUAGGGCUAACAUUAACAGAUGGUACUACAACCAUAAAGAGGGCACAUGUAGCCCAUUUGUUUACGGAGGAUGUGGGGGGAAUGGAAACAAUUUCAAAACGGCGGACGAGUGUAACAAUUUCUGCAGUGCACAAGAAAUCUGCAUGAAGCAAAAAGAUGUCGGCAAUUGUAGAGCAGCCAUGCCGAGAUUUUAUUUUGACAGUAAAGCUGGCCAGUGCUACAGUUUCCUGUAUGGAGGAUGUGGGGGUAACCUCAACAACUUUGAAUCUCUGAGUGCCUGUGACAGACGGUGCCACCAGUACAAGCGAUCCACGGCUACCCAAGUCAUAGUGGUGCAAUCAACGGGAGAGGGUGCUAGAGCGGAAGAAGACGCUUGCCAGAUGUUACCUGCAAAGGGCACCUGCAAAGCCAACAGCAUCAAGUGGUUCUACAGCCCUGCACGCAACAGAUGCGAGUCCUUCCAAUACUCUGGUUGUGGAGGCAACAACAACAGGUUUGACAGCCAGGAGAGCUGCAUGCAGAAAUGUUACAAAGAACCUGCGAGCAACCGCAGACCCACAACCCCUGAGUCAAACGUCAUUCCAAGUGUUGAAUCAAAUGUUUGUGUGUUGAAAAAAGACCAAGGGGGCUGUAAUAACUGGACGAUUCUGUGGUACUACGACACUAAUAAGGCGGCCUGCAUGAGGUUUUAUUAUGGGGGGUGUACAGGAAAUGGCAACCGUUUCAACAAUAAAGAGGAAUGUGAGAAUAAAUGCAUUAGAGGAGCUGUUGCGCCAAGCACCCCACGCCCUGAUUCCUGCAGAUAUUCUGCUUAUGGCUGCUGCAAUGAUGGGAUAACCAGGGCUGUUGAUCGGGAGAGGUCUAAUUGUUAUGAAUCCAACACAAGCCUAGAAGAAAACCAAAGACUGGUCUCAGUGAAAGUAGGCACUCAAGCUUCUCUCCACUGUCCCUACACUGGUUCUGAGGUCUUCUGGUUCAAGGACAUCAACCGGCUGUACUCAAGCCCAUUGUAUGAUAUUUUACCCAAUGGGACUCUCAUUUUUAAUCAAGUGACUGAGGAUGUGGCAGGGAUAUACUCCUGCAGGGUCAAGGACGUUUAUGCUGUUGGGAGAAUUCAGAGGUUCAAAGUUGACAUUCAUGUGCCUGUACACAUCAUGCCUGGACCUAUCCGCAUGGCAUUCAAACCAGGUGUCAGAGCUGUCCUGACGUGCCACGCCACAGGUACACCCCCGCCCCGGGUCUCCUGGGAGUACAGGGGCCGGGUCUUAAGCUCCGGCAGACAUCAUCAGAUUUUCGGUAACGGCACCUUGGUCGUUGACAGCAUCCAGCCUGAGGAUGCAGGGGACUACACCUGCUCUGCUGAAAAUGGAGUGAACUCCCCUAGUAGAAGAAAGAUCCAGGUCCAAAUCAGAGAUCCAGUUGAGGUAACCAUUCAGAAGCACAAACACACCUACUCAGAAGGGGACACAAUCACUUUGGUCUGCAAGGGCGCCGGGUACCCUGCCCCUACCUUAGAAUGGAAGAAGGACGGGAAAGUCCUGACCAGUGACAACAACACCAGAGUGAGCAAUGGGGACCUGACCAUCCUCUCUGCGUCCAUAGAAGAUUCCGGCACCUACAAGUGUAUAGCCAACGGCAGCACAGAGAAGGCAGUGGAGGAUGUGACCACCAUCCAGAUACAACUACAGAGCCCAAGCACCAAGUGUGUUGACACAAGAAAGGUCCAGGACUGUAGGCGCUAUGUCCUCAGACACAUGUGUGGUAUUCACAUUUUUGCCAACAUGUGCUGUAAGUCAUGUAGGGAUGCUGGCAAGUUGUGAUUUGUGUAAGCUUACUGUUGUAUUUUGUUUUCUUAAAACUUGAUUUUUUUGGUGGUAAUAUUUUAACAUUGGUCAUGACUGAGACUUAGUACUCAAUAGAUUCAGUUUAUAAUGAUAUUCUUUAACUGGGAUAUGUUAAAGUGAUAUUUUGUAGUAGGUGUAAGUUAGUGAUAUUCUGUUAUGUCAAUGUAAAUUUGGAUGAAUGUAAGAUUGAAUCUGAUAGAAUUUUUAAAAUGUAAGCUUCUCAUGAACCGUGCAAUGAGAUGAGGCUAGAAUCAUCCUAGGCUAAUUCCUCUCAUAGAAUAAUAUAGUAUACUUCUAUGCACAUAAUAUAUUCUUGUUUAUACAUUUGCUCUGUAAGAAUGGUGUCUAUUACAGAAGAAUGAUAUAAGGUGUAUUUACUAUUUUACUUAUAAUAAUCAAUUUUGUGAAGCUGAAGCCACCGUUUGACAUUAUUGUGUGUUUUCUUUAUCAGUCUGAUGAAGACUGUAUACAUUUUGAAACAUUUGUUUGAAGAGUUUGUUCUGUCUGUAAAUAAACUAGUUAUAAUAUAAUUAUUAGCUAAGUUGUUGUUUAAUCUUUUUUUGUACUGAAGAUACUUUUUAUUUAAGUUUUAUUGUUAAUUAUGCUUACCCUAUUCAUAUUAAAGAAAGCAAAUUAAAAAAGAACAUUAGCUAUGGUUCAUUGUUUGCCCAUGUUUUCCAACCUUUCUUGAUAAUGCACCAAAAUGUUUUGGUCCAAAGAUCAUUUCUGGUAUUAACAAUUUUGCAUUUUCUUGUAGUGGUAUUUGGGCAUCAAAAUUUUGAACAUGUUUAGUCUACAUUUUGUAUGUAAAUAUUUGAACAGCUGUUAUAUACAAAAAUCUGGGAAAGUUUGAGUCAGUUACUGGAGGAUUACUGGUUAAAAAACUUUACUAGACCUAAAUUAAGAUUCCUAAUUAGAGGAUUAACUUUAGUAGAAAUGAUAAACCUAAUUAGAGGAUUAACCAUACUACAAGAUCUACUCUUUAACAUUGAACCCAAUUGACAUUAUAUUUACUGAGAGAUUACUUUAAAAGCUGAUCCUUCUAUGCAAUGUUGAAUAAUUUUGUGUUUUCAUUGUGUGUGACUGAUGUAAGAUAAACGUUCCACUGUUUAUUCAAACUAUUGACUAGAUUUAAAAAAAAAAGUUUAGGCCUACGUUGUUAUAUUAAUUGAGGCUAUCAUGUCUUAACACAAGUUUAAAAUGAACUAUAUUUUUAAAAAUGUAAUCAACAUUGCUUGCUCAAAAUAUUUAAACUGCGUGAUUUAGAAAGUAUAGGGGAGAAUUUUUUGUUUUUAUUAAAAUAAAUAUGAUGGAUGAUAAUUUUAAAUUUAAAACUUUUUGUGAGAAAUACAUUAAACAUCUAAAAAGUAAAAUAGAUAUUAAAAUGUAAUGAAUGAUAUUUUUUUCAGUCAAAUGUAGCUUUUCAAUUGUUCUUCCUGUAAGACAACACUGCAUUAUUUAUGAACAUGUUUUGUUUAUUUUUAAAUUACUUGAACACCAACUCAAUUUAAACAGAUAUAAACACUCUCCUGCUAAACUGAAUUGGUUUGGUUUUAGUUAUGUAACAAUACAAUUUUUUGAUUUAUCAAAAAGAUUUAUGAUGCUGGUAUCUUAAGAUUAAAUAUUCUACCAAAAUUGGUGUCUAGAGAGGGCAUCUGCCCACAUGGCAUUGUCACCAUAUUUCUUUGUAUACAACUUUUUUUCCUCAAGCCAUUUGUAAUCAUUUUCUAACUCAGUUAUCAAUGCGUUUCUCAGUGAAUGAAUAUUCACCAUUUGCCUUUAUACGUAACUAUAUAGUAGGAUUUAUCAAAUCUAUAAAAAUAUAUAUAUCUGACAAUUUUA